AUGGUCUGUGGACCAGCUGUGGGGAGCUACUCCUGCAGUGCAGAACCCACGGAUGCAGGGAAGACGUACAUCCUUCUUGUACGGAACGGGAGCAUAGCCCGGUCGUUUGCACCUGCUGUGGAACUGGACACACUUCUGUUGUUCACAGGGCUCCCGCGGGUUGUUCUUGGACCCCUGAGCACCCACCGCCAGGUGCUUCCUGACGUCUUUUUUUCCCUCUUAGAUGAUGGUUUCGAUUUAUCUGAUGCCCUUCCUGACAAUAAAGACAAGAAACCCACUGCAACGCCCAAGAAGCCCAGUGCUGGGGAUGACUUUGACUUAGGAGAUGCUGUUGUUGAUGGAGGAAAUGACGACCCACCACCACCGAACCCACCCAAGCCGAAGCCAAAUCCAAACCCCGACCAGGCUGGUUCCUCUGGUAGCUUCUCAGAUGCUGACCUUGCGGAUGGUGUUUCAGGUGGAGAAGGAAAAGGAGGCAGUGAUGGUGGAGGAAGCCACUGGAAAGAAGGGGAGGAGGCGGACGCCCCAGGUGUGAUCCCCGGGAUUGUGGGGGCCGUCGUGGUCGCCGUGGCCGGAGCCAUCUCUAGCUUCAUUGCUUACCAGAAAAAGAAGCUGUGCUUCAAAGAAAACGCAGAACAAGGGGAGGUGGACAUGGAGAGCCACCGGAACGCCAACGCAGAGCCAGCUGUUCAGCGUACUCUUUUAGAGAAAUAGAAGAAUGUUGGCAGAAACAGCCCAGGCGUUGGCGGCAGGGUUAGAACAGCUGCCUGAGGCUCCUCCCCGAAGGACAUUUGCGUGAGAGCAGAGUCGGAGGCCUUCUGUUCACGGCGGAUUCUUUGUUGUAAUCUUGCGAUGUGCUUUGCUUGUUGCUGGGCGGAUGAUGUUUACUAACGAUGAAACAUCCAAAGGGGGAUAGGCACUUGGACCCCCAUUCUCCAAGGCCCGGGGGAGAGGGGUUUCCCAUGGGAUGUGAAAGGCUGGCCAUUAUGAAGUCCCCGUAACUCAAAUGUCAUCCCCACCGAGGCACCCCCCGUCCCCCAGAAUCUCGGCUGUUUACAAAUCACGUGUCCAUUGAGCACGUCUGAAACUUCCCUGGUAGCCCUGACUUUUUUUUUUUUAAUUAAAAUAAGGUAAGCCCUUCAA